CGAACAUUUAUGUUCAGUAGAAUAGAAUUGUCCGUGGCAAAUAGCGUGUAGUGUGCAGAUUAUAUCACGCAUCUAGCAUAAAGACCUAGCGAAGAACGAGAUUUAUAAGCAUUUGACCUCCACGAAGUCGUAAUAAGUUGCUGGAAUAUUUCUUAAUCAAUCAGUUGUUUUCAACGCGUAACAUUGAAUCUAUUUAUUAUUUCGCAAAAAUUCGAACAAUGGCGGAUACUAUCGGCAAGGUAAUUAAAUGUCGUGCUGCUGUGGCAUGGGAACCAAAAAAACCUUUGUCCCUUGAAGUCAUUGAAGUUGCUCCACCAAAGGCUUAUGAAGUGAGAGUUAAAAUCACUGCAGUUGCACUGUGUCAUACCGAUGCUUAUACACUAGAUGGUUUAGAUCCUGAAGGCAUUUUCCCAUGCAUCUUAGGUCAUGAAGGUGCUGGAAUAGUUGAGAGUGUUGGACAUGAUGUUACUGAAUUCAAACCAGGUGACCAUGUUAUCCCUCUUUACAUCCCACAAUGCAGACACUGUAAAUUUUGCAAGUCACCUAAAACAAACGUAUGCAGCAAAAUUCGAGUAACUCAAGGAAAAGGUGUCAUGCCAGACGGAACUUCACGUUUUACUUGUAAUGGAAAAACUUUGUAUCAUUUUAUGGGUUGUUCUACAUUUUCUGAAUAUACAGUAGUUGCUGACAUAUCUCUUGCAAAGGUAGAUCCAUCUGCUCCAUUAGAUAAAAUUUGCUUAUUAGGUUGUGGAGUACCAACAGGAUAUGGAGCAGCUUUAAAUACUGCAAAAGUUGAGAAAGGAAGCACUUGUGCUAUCUGGGGAUUAGGAGCUGUAGGCUUAGCAGUUGCAAUGGGAUGUAAAACAGCUGGAGCCUCUCGUAUUAUUGGAAUUGAUAUCAAUCCAGCUAAAUUUGAAAAAGCAAAAUCAUUUGGUUUCACAGAAUUUUUAAAUCCUAAAGAUCACACCAAACCAAUUCAAGAAGUUCUUAUUGAAAUGAUUGAUGGUGGUUUGGACUAUACUUUUGAAUGUGUUGGAAAUGUUUUAACAAUGAGAGCUGCCCUUGAAUCUUGUCAUAAAGGAUGGGGUGUUUCUGUGAUUGUUGGUGUUGCAGCAGCAGGCCAAGAAAUUAGUACACGUCCAUUUCAACUUGUUACUGGUAGAACUUGGAAAGGAACAGCUUUUGGUGGAUGGAAAUCAAAAGAUAGUGUGCCUCAACUAGUGCAUCAGUAUAUGACAAAAAAAUUGAUGUUAGAUGAAUUCAUUACACACAAUUUGCCUUUUGACAAAAUUAACGAAGGGUUUGAACUUUUACAUUCAGGAAAUUGCUUGAGAGCAGUCUUGUAUUAUUAAACAAAUAUCUUUUUGUACUUUGCACACUUUCUGCAAUGAAACAGAUGAAAAAAUAUAUUUUGAUAUUCAAUGACAGUUAUGCUAUAAUUUUUUAUGAUUAUUAAAAUAUUUAUAGAACAUUCCUUUUUAGUAUAAUAUAAAAUAUUAUCCCACAAUCCUUUAUGCAAGCUAUUAUUAGAAUAUAAAUAACUGUUUACUGAUUUCAAUAAAAAGAUAUUUUUGAGAACUAUAACUUAAAAUAAUUUUAUGAUUUGAACUCUUUAAAUGGAAUUGCAAAGUAUUUAAAUAAGUAAAAACCCAUAUUUAACGUAAAAAACAAUAACUUAACUGAAACGAAUAAAUU